GAAAUAGACAGCAUAUUUCAAACAAAUUAUUUACACUUCUAGGCUUAUCUAUAUUAAUUUGAAUUUAAAGCUUUUUCAUCGUUUGUGAUCAUCUGUUAUGUGAUGCAAUGACUGAUCCGGUGAUUAUUGUUGGAGGUGGAAUCAGUGGAGUUUCUUGUGCUUCAACUUUGGCCCAACUGGAUCCUGCGCUACCAAUAAAGCUCAUUUCUUGUUCUCCAACUUUAAAAGUAAUAACAAAUGUUCAAGAAAAGGGCAAUUAUUUGACAUCUUUUGAUGUAACGGAAAAACCAUCAGACCAAUUAAGCCAACAAUACAGUAACAUAGAAGUAAUCAGUGAUACAGUGAUCAGUUUAGAUGCAGCAAAGAAAACUAUUCAUUUAGCGAAAAAUAAUGACCAGCUGAAGUAUUCCAAGCUUUGUAUAUGCACAGGGGCUCGUCCUAAAUUGAUUGACACUAAUUUUCCUGACCAUUUAAUUGGCAUUCGUGAUACAUCAACUGUUAAAGAUUUCGAGAAACGGUUACUUGGUGCCUCGAGGGUUGUAGUUGUAGGUAAUGGAGGAAUAGCUACUGAACUGGUUUAUUCAAUUGAAUUCUGUCAAAUAAUAUGGGCAAUCAAGGAUUCAUCCUUCGGCUCUACAUUUCUAGAUCCUGGAGCGGCUCAAUUUUUUACUCAAUAUUUAAAGAAGGAGAAAAGAUCAAAGGAAACAAUAAUCAAGAGAAUCAAAUAUUCACAAGGAGCCGAGCCCGGUACCAGUAACGAUGAUAGUGGGAAAUAUUUACAAAAUUUAUACGGAAGUGCUCUUGGUCCAGAUUGGAGUGAUAAUAUUGAAAUGAAAGGAGCUAGUAAAGAAAUGAGAUCAAUUGAAAUUGAAUACAAUUGCGAAGUUAACCAGAUAUACUUUAAAAAAGAUUUGCCGCUAUCUAAAUAUCAAUUUAUUGUCUUUGAGGAAGAAGUGUCUCAAAGUGGAGACUUGAAAUGGCCUAUCUAUGUAGAACUGAAUAAUGGAAAAAUUUACGGCAGUGAUUUGAUAAUUAGUGCAACUGGUGUCAUUCCUAACGUUGAACCAUUUCUGGAAGGUAACAAUUUCAAAGUGGGUUCAGAUCUUGGUUUAUCUGUCAAUGAUCAAAUGUUAACAACAGAGAGUGAUGUAUAUGCAGCAGGCGAUGUCUGUUCAGCUGAUUGGCAAUUAGCUCCUCACUGGUUUCAAAUGCGACUUUGGACUCAAGCUCGACAAAUGGGAAUAUAUUCAGCUUAUUGUAUAACAUCGCACAUACAAAAAACUGACCCGUCCCUUUAUUUUCCUUUCGAGCUUUUCACGCACAUGACAUCUUUUUUUGGCUUCAAAGUCGUUCUUUUGGGACUUUACUUAGGACAAAAGUUGGACAGUCAAUAUCAAAUUCUUCUAAGAAUUAAAGAUGGUGACGAAUAUGUCAAAGUUAUAAUGAAGGAUGGUCACAUGCAAGGAGCUCUACUUAUCGGGGAAACAGAUCUUGAAGAAACAUUCGAAAAUCUUAUCAUUAAUCAAUUAGAUUUGACUGACAUACAAGAUGAUCUUUUGAACCCGACUGUUGACAUUGAAGAUUAUUUUGAUUAAUUGCAGUCAUUUUCAUUUGAUUUUGUAUCAAUAU